GGUCCUCGAGACAAAAGAACGUUCAUGUCAAAUCUAAAAUCGUCUUUUUAAAUAGCAGGCAAUAAAAAGUGGAACGUCGCGGAUAUCCGGAAGAAAAACAUUUAGAGCAAAGGUCAAUUCCGUAGCAAAAAAACAUAAUUCGUAGACUGACAUCCCGAAGGGAGAUAGCAGGCAAGGAUGGACCAGGUGGCUGCAGAUGACGCAGAACCAAACUAUUGGACGAGAACCUCUAGGAAAAACGAAAGAGGAGGACCAAACGAAAUGAAGAUGCUUUUGGAAAGCUCCGCCCGAUUUUCAGGGCGUCUCAAAACUCCCUCUUCUCUACCAAUGCUCUUUUUCGUUCCUCUCUUGCCUCUCCUCACAGAACUUCCUCCUCUUGGUCAACAGUUUUGACGUACAAUUAGUUUCGCGUGAGCCGUCGUGGUAUUUCGAUAAUAAGUAUUUCAGAAAAGGUCGAGCUCGUCGGAAAAGAUCAAGAAAAUGCCAAGGAAGCGACGUGCUUCGACAUCGACGUUGGAAGCCGACGAGGACGAAUUCGGCUCGGACGAAAAGUACAGCAAGGACGAAUUAGACAGCCGUGCACCAAGAAACGCGGCGAAUGCGAGAGAACGCGCUCGGAUGAGAGUUCUGAGCAAGGCAUUUUGCAGAUUGAAAACCACUUUGCCUUGGGUACCGGCUGAUACGAAACUUAGCAAGCUGGACACCCUUCGACUUGCUGCGACUUAUAUUGCACAUCUUCGCGCUGUACUUAGGGAUGACGGCGAUGCGCAUUCGGAAACGACUAGAUCAUUAUCUUUGGCUUUGUCGUGGCCGUUCGCACUUCAAGGCAGCAACGCUUCGAUGUUGAUGAACAACAGUUGUAACGUAUCAUCUUCAACGUCCUCGAGUUCUAAUCAGUACCGUGGUCAACAGGGAGCCCACGAGAUUCAGAAUUUCCAUCAGCCUGCUCAUCAGAGCAUGUCAAUGCGUCACAAUCACGAGCCACAGCUCUCCUAUUUCUAAUACCACUUUCAAACGAAAGGAUUUAAGCCUUUUAUCACGGUCCACGAGCGGGUUCGGAAUCUGUAUUUAUUUCGAAGUGCCUUCAACUAUUUAUUGAUAUAAUUAAUGACUUGAACAUUAAUAUCGCAUAUGUUUAUUAUUAUUUGUAACCAAAGUGUAAA